AUGCCUGUAGGCAUAAACCAGCCCUCAAACCAGAUUAAAUUUACGAAUGUCUCUAUCGUCCGGUUGAAGAAAGGCAAGAAACGCUUCGAGCUAGCUUGCUACAAGAACAAGCUCCUCGAAUACCGCUCGGGCUCUGAAACAGACCUGGACAACGUCCUUCAGAUCCCCACAAUCUUCCUCUCCGUCUCCAAGGCCCAGACAGCCCCCGCUGCAGAGCUAGCCAAGGCGUUCGGCCCCAAGGUGUCCAGCGAUGAAAUAAUCCAGGAAAUUCUGCGCAAGGGCGAGGUACAGGUUGGCGAGCGUGAGCGGAGAGAUAUCCUUGAGCGGAUUGAAAAGGAGGUCAUCGAGAUCGUCAGUGCGAGGCUGGUCGACCCUGUGUCGAAGCGGGUUUACACCACCGGCAUGAUUUCGAAGGCGCUCGAUCAGUUAAGUGCCGCGAGCGGGCAGCAAGGCGCUGCCGCCACUGCAGCAGCAAAGGGCAAAGCUGCCGAGACCGUUGAUACACCUGAUGCUGCGGUGCCUGCCGCCGAGGAGUCCGCUGCGGCUGCUGCUGCUGCUGCGCAGGAAGACGAUACGGCAUCCAAAAAGCCGAUGUGGACGGGCGUUGUAACGAAAAAAUCCGCCAAGACGCAGGCUCUGGAUGCUAUGAGGGCGCUGAUCGCCUGGCAACCGAUCCCCGUCAUGCGUGCCCGGAUGCGUCUGCGGAUCACAUGCCCCACGUCGAUUCUUAAACAGGCGGUGAAAUCUUCGCCUGGCUCUGGUGGCGGUGGUGGGAACCACAGUUCGUCCCCGACGAAAGGUGGACAUAAGAAGGGCAAAAAGUCUCGUUCCCGUUCCAAUUCUCAUGCUCAAGGCGACGACGACGACGACGACGACGACGACGGGAUGCAUGAGACUGUGGCGCCAAAGGCAUCUGGAACUGUCAAAGAUCGCAUCCUAAGCUACUUCGAGCAGGUCGAGGUGCAAGAUGUGCUGAAUGUGGAGGAAUGGGAAGUUAUUGGAUUUGCAGAGCCCGGCGCGUUUAAGGGGCUGAGUGAGUUCGUGGGAGGCGAGACGAAGGGCAAGGGCAGGGUGGAGGUUUUGGAUAUGGCGGUUACGCACGAGGAGUGA